AUGGAUGCCGCCGCCCAGCUCUACGUCCAGCAGCACCACCUCGAGCAGAACCUCCAGCACCAGAGGCAGCAGCAGCAGCAGGCCCAGCGCCCGGCCUACCGCCCCUGCUGGCUCUGCAGGUACUACUCCGCCUCCUGCCCCUACAUGCGCGAGAUCAUCGAGUACGUCAACGACUCGGCGCUCAACAUCGCCGAGGAGGAGAUCGUCGAGCAGGUCUACACCAUCAUAGCGAGCAAGUGGCCGCAGGAGAACGUCUCCCGCGAGGCCAUCCGCACCCACUUCACCCAGCACUCCGUCUCCCAGAACCUCAUCUUCGCCAGGAACGUCCGCGACAUGAACCACCUCGUCAACAUCGUCCGCGCCGGCGUCACCACCGUCGAGAUGCACACGGGCAACAUGGUCGUCGACGACAGGAUGGCCAAGCUCUACCUCAGCAUCGUCUCGCAGAUCACCGCCAUCUUCAAGAACGACGGCAAGAGGCCCGCCCUCUCGGACAAGGCCAAGGCGGGCGGCGAGAAGGCCGCCGCCUCCAACCGCCCGGACGAGGCCUAG